GGGCCCCGAGGCGCUGUCCCUGCGCUCUGCCGUCGGCUCGGGCUGAAAAAGUUUCUCCAUGGUUCCUUUGUGUCGCCUGAGCGCCCGUUCGCCGGCCCCGAGCUGCCCCAGUCUUUCCGGCAGGAGGAGGUGGCAGAGCAGCUAGUGGGCAGCCGGUGCCCCCCACCCCACCCCGCACAGGCGUCCACAGGGGCUAGCCCCGCACUCCACCCGCUCGCCAUGAUCGCCACGGGCGGCCUGUUGAGGAUUUCCGCCAGAAAGCAAGAUCCCCUCCGCCCCCCUAGCCAGGUCCCCAAACGCAAGCGGAAAGCCAAGAAGAGGCGCAAGAACGACGUGGUGGUGGUGAAAGGCAAGCUGAAGCUGUGCUCCAUCUCCGGGCUCAUUGCCCUCUGUGGUAUCCUGGUGCUGCUGGUGGGCAUAGCCAUGGCGGUGGUGGGCUACUGGCCCAAGGCCAACGGGGCCAAUAAGGACGGGGUUAAGCAGCUGCAACCCACGGGCAGCGGCCACCGCGUCCCCACGAUGACCAACAGAAGCAGCAAUGGCAGCAAAAAACAGACCGGGAACCACCUGGGGACUCCGGAGGGCGUCAACUCCAGUUCGGUGGGCGCGCCCAGGAGCACGCCUCCAGCGCGGUCCCCCGCCCCUUCUUCGUCCUCCUCCACGUCUGUGGGUUUCUUCUUCCGAGUCUUCUCCGGCUACCUGCACUCUGACAAGCUCAAGGUCCUCGGGCCCCUCAUCAUGGGCAUCGGCAUCUUCCUCUUCAUCUGCGCCAACGCUGUGCUCCAUGAGAAUCGGGACAAGAAAACCAAGAUCAUCAACCUGCGGGACCUCUACUCCACCGUCAUCGACGUGCACAGCCUCCGCGCCAAAGACCUGGCUGCAGCCGCGGCCGCCGCCGCGGCCGCCGCCGCCUCCUCUUCGUCCUCUGCCCCCGCCUCGGCGCCCCCCGGGGCCGCGCCGCUCAAUGGCUUCCUCGGCUACGUGCAGUCGCGGGGCCUGGAGCUGAAGCCGGGAAGCUGCGGAGGCGCCGGGGACGCCUUCGGGGCGGCGGCCUUGCUGGCCAGGGGUGCGUGGCCCCACCCCGCGGCGCUGGGAGGGGGCGGUGGGGCCCGGGGCGCCGCGUCUCCGCCAGACCUGGCCUCCUCCCCGCGCUGCCCGCGGGAGCCCCCGAGCCUGGCGGAGGCCGUGUACAGCAUCUACCGCGAGCGCUCGGGCGUGGCCGGCCGUCGCCGGACCGCUGCCGCGGAGACCGCCGCUGCCGCCACCGCGGCCGCCAGCAGCAGCAGCAGCCCGGCGCCCUGCAGCCCCCCCGGGAGCUGGGGACGCCAGAGCACCGCCAGCUCCCUCGUGGGCUCUUCGUUGAGCGCCUUCGCGCUGCUGCCCCUACCCGGGGAGCGCGACGGGGAUGGGGACGCGGAGGGCGCGAGCUGCGGCUGGCAGCGGCCGCCCGGGGAGCGCGGCUCCCGGGAGAUCCCGCGGGGCGAGCUCGACCUGAGCUUGACCGACCUCCGCUGCGCCCAGGGCGGCGCGCGCCGGGCGCCCCCCGAGCAGGAGGAGCCCGCGGGAGCGGCGGCAGCGCGCACCACCAGGGGGCAGGGUGGCCGCCUGCCCAGGACCGGCAGGUACGCGGCCCUGCGGCGCCGCAGCACCAGCGGGCUCCCGGACUACCGGGCGCCUCGGUCCCCCGAGCCUCCGCCCACCUCGCGCAGCGCGGACCUAGACCUGAGCCUUCCUGCCCAAGCCGCCUCCCCCUCGCCCUCUCCGCGGCGGGAGCGCUCGCCGCCCGCCGGCCUGGACUCGCCGAGCUCCCAGUCGGAUGGGCCAUCCUGCAGCAAUAAGGGCUACACCCCCCUGCGGGAGGCCGGCACCUCCCUGGAGUCGGUCGUGUACGCGGUAGGCGGUGACAGUCCAGCCGGUGAGGCCGCCACCUCCCCGGGUGCGGAGGAGAGCCCCCCGGAGGAUCCCAGCCGGGAACCCCCCGCGGCCGAGGCCCCCCAGCCCGUGCAGAGGCACUUUACAAACAAGGAGAAACUCUUCAUGAUUUCCCGGUCUCACGCCACUGGGGUCGAGGACGGAGAACUGGAAAGUACUGGCAUUUAGGGAAAGAGGGAGCAGAAGGGAAAGAGUGAAAAGACAGGGGAAAGGCCCGCUCGAAGCAGUGAACUUAACAGUUCCCUAUGUCCUGGUGGGUUUACCCGAGGAAAUCAAUCGUUCACUACCCAAAGAGCUGCAGAACGUUUGCCUUGAAUUGCGUUCAUGAGAUUCCUGUAGAUAACUCCAAGCAAUUUUUUUUUUUUAAAAAAAGCAAACUAGUCUUAUAUGUCCGAUGGUGAUUGUAUGUUCUCUGAAACCAAAUGUAUUAAAAGGUCAGCAAUCUAGUUCAUUAGAUAAAAUUCUCUUAAUUUUCUUAGGAUCAAAAUAAUAUAUUUUUGACAGUAACUGUGCACUUUACUCCAACUUUUUUUUUGGAUCCCUAGUUGCCCCAACCUGUAUUCUGCCGCUAGUUUCGUCCAUAGCUGCUUGUGAAUGACAAGCUUUUUUCCUCCUAUGCUUUUGCAAAGCAUAGAAGGGUUUGUCUCGGUUCUCUGAGAACUGAUAUUACUAAAUGAAGUCAAAGCCAAAAGCAUGAGUUUGUCCGGAAAGAGCAUUUUCCUUACCCUACCCCCACUGUGCUCAUCUGACUGCCCAAAGGCCUCUUUAUUUUUUAAAAGGGUAUUUACAUUUUGCUACGAGAGUACCUAAUGGAGACCGAGGGGGCCAGCCUCUAGAUGGACUGUUACUCCUAAAUUCACUAUAUCAAGUACACGAUACUUCAUGGAGUAUUAUCACACCUGUAUUGAAAAUAGCAUUAAUAUGAAAAAUCUUUUUCUAAUAAAAGAGGUUUCCAAACAAA